CUUCCCUCCCUCUUCAUAGGCCACCCUCAUUCUCUGUCCUCUGCAUCCUGUGCUAGUCCGUGCCAUCUUCUAGCUCGCCGGCUGUUUCCUCUUGUUUGUGUGUGCGUGUGAGUGUCAUUGUUUUUGUGUGUGGCUUCCACCAUUGAAAAUGGCAUUGAAUGCCGUGGUGUAUCCCCAGCCCCAAGGCCAUUUCGGCUACGGGCACAGGGAGUACUCGUCCUACGCGCUGCUGUGGCGCGACACGAUCGGCUUCGGCGACGGCGAGCCGUACGCCAACGAAUGGGAUCCCUUGCUGCUCGCCUCCCUCGUGCAGAAUGCCGAGGAGUGGGAGGAGGAGGUGGGCUUCAAGGCCUCACCGGAGCGUGAGGCGGGAUCGGCCGUUGCGCCAUCGCAGGUGAUGCGGACGGCCACCGCGAGGAGAAAGAGGAGGAGCGCGAACAUCAAGAAUGAGGAGGAGAUCGAGAGCCAGCGGAUGACCCACAUUGCCGUCGAGCGGAACCGCCGCCGGCAGAUGAACGAGUACCUCACGGUGCUCCGCUCCUUCAUGCCGCCUUCUUACUCGCAAAGGGGUGAUCAAGCAUCUAUUGUUGGGGGAGCAAUCAACUACGUGCGGGAGCUUGAGCAACUCCUGCAAUCCCUCGAGGUCCAAAAGAGCCUCAAGGACCAGAAUACCAACACCGACGACGGCCGCCGGUUCCCCUUCGCUGGUUUCUUCAGCUUACCGCAAUACUUUAGUACUUCUGCCUCCCACGGCACCGGUGGCGACAAUGCCAACAGCAUCAAGGCCGAGCCAGCCACAUCGGCAGUGGCUGCUGACAUCGAAACCAGCAUGGUGGAGGGCCACGCCAGCCUCAAGGUGCAGGUCCUGCGGCGGCCGAGGCAGCUACUGAGGUUGGCGGCCAGCCUACAGCAGCUCGGGCUCACGACCUUGCAUCUCAACGUAAGCACGGCCGGCGCCAUGGUCAUGUACUCCUUUAGCCUUAAGGUUGAGGAUGAAUGCAAGCUUAGCUCUGUGGAGGAUAUUGCAGCUGUAGUGCAUGACAUUCUGAGAACGAUACAGGAGGAGCAGGCUUUAGUUGAUACCAAAACUUUCUCGUGAAUUGUACUUCUUGUCUGUUCACCUGUGUCUUGGGAUCCUUGUAUGCGCAGGAUAGUGUCCAAGGCCAAGCAAAUAUAUAUAUUGAGUCGUGAUUUCUUUAGGUAUUUUAAUCAUUU